UCUCCAUAAUCCAACGAUUCAGUGGUUUUUCCUUCUUUUGAAAUUUCCAUAUUCUCCUUCUUUGAAAUUCACAGAUGGCACCAAAGGCCGAGAAGAAGCCCGCAGAGAAAAAGCCAGCCUCCGACAAGCCAGCGGAGGAGAAGAAGACGGUCGCCGAGAAGGCUCCGGCUGAGAAGAAGCCCAAGGCCGGCAAGAAGCUACCAAAGGAAGGCGGUGCCGCAGCCGGAGACAAGAAGAAGAAGAGGACCAAGAAGAGCACCGAGACCUACAAGAUCUACAUCUUCAAGGUUCUGAAGCAGGUUCACCCUGACAUCGGUAUCUCCAGCAAGGCCAUGGGAAUCAUGAACAGCUUCAUCAACGAUAUCUUCGAGAAGCUUGCCCAGGAGGCUUCCAGGCUCGCUAGGUACAACAAGAAGCCCACCAUCACCUCUCGGGAGAUCCAGACUGCUGUCAGGCUUGUGCUUCCCGGUGAGUUGGCUAAGCAUGCGGUCUCUGAGGGGACUAAGGCCGUGACCAAGUUUACUAGCUCUUGAAGUCUAUGGGGUGGGACUUUUUGUGGAUGUUCUGGGGUUUAUUUUAAUGGAUUGUGAAGAACUGAUGGACUAGGGUUAGAGUUUUAUGCUUUUGUAUUUUGUAGUUUUGUUCCCCCCCCCCCCCCCCCCCCCCCCCCCCCUUUUUUUUUUUUUUUUGGUUUCUUCUGUUAUUGACCGGAUGUAACUACUGAUUCAUUUUAGAUAUGGUUGAAAUGAAAGUGCUUUGAUGGUUUACCCAA